AUGACCUCAACACUGACGCGCCAGAAAAGCGAGGAGGACGUCGUAAGCAUCGACAGCAUGGCUCAGGCGACUGGCGGCGGCAAUAUCGAACAUCCGAUGACACUGAGCCGGAAGGCUUUGCAUCAGCGCGACGCCGAUGAGAAUUUAUUUUUGCGUUUCCUCGAAUUGGAUCCGCCCACUGAGACGACAGCGCCCGCAAACGCCGCCAAUGCCACACCAAACGCCUCAGGUGCACGGCGUCUAUCUGCUGCCAGCAAGCCAGUCGGUCGCACACCUUUCACCAUGACCAAGAAGCUGACACGCACUGCCGAACGAGGCUUUGGCUUCUCCAUUGUGUGGACACAUCCACCGCGCGUCGAGAAGAUUGAGCCCGGACUGUCGGCCGACCGUGCCGGCAUACAGCCCGGCGACUAUGUGAUUUUCGUAGACAAGCAGAAUGUGGUGACGAUGCCCGAAGCGGAUGUGUUAAAUUUAAUACGCUCACAGGGCUCCACCUUAACGCUGGAGGUGUUCAGAAGAUCGGGACCCACUGGUGGUGGUGUUGGACUCGGUUCUAUGCCGCCAGCGCUCAGUGUUGGCAGUCGUGGGCAUCCAGCGGCGCCGGUCAUGAAUGGCAAAACUACAUCAACUACACGCCUAGCCAGUGGCAUAAGCGAUGAACAACAGUCGAUAGCGGGUGGUACAGCGCCAUCAGUGCGACGCGUUGGCGUGGCAAGCGCAGCACCAACGGUGGCUGUGGGGCCGUCAGCAGGGGCCUCCACAAUGAAUGUUCGUCCGUCCACAGCCUGUUCAGUCGGCACCACCUCGUCCAUUGAGGCGGCGAAGAGGCGACUGCACCUGCCGCAGGUCACCUUCAGUAAGGAGUCCAUCGGGCCCAUCACCGACAAUCGUCGUCGCUUGCUGCUACAGCUGAUUAGCCGCGAACAGAAUUUCAUCGCGGCGCUGCAUUUCGGCAUGCAGCGAUUCGUGCAGCCGUUGCAGGAGCGAAAAGAUCUCAUCUCGCCAAGCGAUCAUCGCACACUCUUCCAGAAUAUCGAUGAGCUGGUGCGCAUCUCCGAGGAUAUUUUAGAGCAGCUGUGCAACGAUGACCAGGAGCCACAGAUGAACUUCGCCUCACGCGUCUAUCUCUCGAAAACCACAGCAAUCUGCGCGGCCUACAAGAAGUAUUGCAAUGGCAUUAAGCGAGCCGAUUGUGUGCUGGUCAAUAAGUCUCGGCAGAUGGGCUCUGAGUUUGUUGCCUUCAUAACCGAACCGCAAGUGCCACGCAAGCGCCCCGAUCUCACCAUGUUCAUUCACAGGCCUUUACAGCAUUUCCGCGAAAUAUUGAAACUAAUGCAGCUACUCGCUUCUAACUGUCACGUCGACACGGAGGAGCACAAGAACUUUACCACUGUUAUUUCGGAACUACAGGCCGCUUAUCGUGAGAUAACCGUUAGCAGUGGCUUGAUGGAGCCGCUGGGCGAGGGUCGACCUUUGCUCACGUUGCAAGAUCUCGAGUCCCGCAUGGUCUUCACGAAGUGCAAGCCAUUCACGCUAGCCGUUCAGGGACGCCAGUGGAUUUUUGGCGGCGACCUGUCACGCGUGGAAGGCCGCUCCGUGAAACCUUACUGGACCUUGCUCUUUAGUGACAUCAUCGUAUUUGCAAAGGUCAGCCGAGAUCGCGUGCUGUUCAUAACCGAGGAGCCCAUUCCAAUCGCCAAUAUUGUAGAUUCAUGCUUUCACAUGCGCAAGAAAACCACAGAGUUUCGACUUACAGUGGAUCCCAACGGACGCUUAGCCGAAAGUCCAACGGGCUAUUGUGCACCAGAUUUGACCCGCACACCAAAGAAGAGUGCUCGUCGCAAGAGCCUCUUGCUCCGCGCGCCCUCUUUAGAACUAAAAGCUGUCUGGCAGAAUCUUUUGCAACGUCAAAUGUAA